AUGCCAAUCAAAGUUAAAGUAGAAUUUUUAGGAGGUCUAGACAUAAUAUCAUCAUCUCAAAGAGAACAUAAAGCAGUACUACCAUUUGAAGAAGGAGAAGCGACGAUGAAAGAUGCCAUACAGUAUAUUUGUAAAAAUAUUAUAACUGAUCCAAAAGAUAUACCUGUAUUUAUAGAAGAUGAUAGUGUAAGACCUGGUAUAUUGGUUUUAAUUAAUGAUACGGAUUGGGAAUUAGAAGGCAUGGAUGAUUAUGUUAUUGAAAGUGGAGAUGUUUUGACUUUUACAAGUACUUUACAUGGUGGUUAA